AUGGUAUAUUUUAUUCUAAAUUUUAUUUUAGCACUACCUUUAAGUAAUUAUUAAUCAAGAGUUCAAAAUACUAAACAAAGGAAUAUUGAUAUAGAUUUGGUAUUUCCAGAAUUAUAUCCUCUUACUUAAUUUUAAAUUUUUAGUUAUAUGCCUGAUUUAAUUACUGAAGAGAAUUAAAUCAAAAAUAUGAUUCAUUGUUAUUUAUUUAAUCAGCAUGUGUAUGAAUUUAUUUAUUUAAUAUUAAGAUUGAACUUGGGCUAUAUGCCAAAUAAUUAAGCUAAUUCUUAAAUUAAUUACCUACUGAAGAAUAAUUUAAUGAAUAGUAAGAUAAUCCAAUUCGAAGGGAUAUCUACUGGCCACUUAUACCAAAAAAAAAUACCCCCAUAACAUAUGAUAAAUUACAUAUACUUAUAUAUUAUUGAAACAAUGCCUUUAUAUUUAAUAAAUUAUUUAAUGGGAAAUUUAAAGUUAGAAUUGAAUCAUCAAAUCAACUUUACUCUAAAUUGUUUAUCAUUUUCCUAAAUUAUUUUAAGCAAAUUAAUUAGAAUAAUAUAACAAUAAACAAAAAAAAGUAUAAAAAUUCAUACUUAUUAUAGAAUGUAAAACAUCAACUUCAGUUUCAUUUGGAAUUGGCAAUUAUUAAAAUGGGAAAAAGGUUUGGAUAAUGGAACCUAUUUUUUUUUUUUUUGGAAUUGGGAUGGAGAAAACAAAUAGAUGA